GGUGGGUGGUGGGAGGGUUGCCGGGCCCAGUCACCACCACAACCCCCACAAACAAACCCAACAAACACUCAACCUUUUAUCUCUUUGUUCUCGCACGCCCGCGCGUCUUAUCUGACCGUGUUCCAUAUUGGGGGAGUGCCUGGGGCGAGGAGGGGGUGAUGCUGGGGAGUGUGGAGCCAGGCUCCUGCUGGGGAUCCCAGCGCUGAGGCCACCCUUGUGUGUGUGACCCUGGGGAGGGAGGAGUGGACGCCGCGGGGUGGACACCACAUCUGUCAGUGCCUCGCACUUGCCCUCACCCCCGACUGUCACUGUGCGUCAUGCAGCUGUUGACACUGUGAUACAAGAGCCACGGGAUUAACUCGGCCAAAAUGAGUGAUGUGUUACCAGGACGAGCGUGGUGGUGGUGGCAGGCAGGACCCCAUGACACGCCAGGGGUGGUGUUCCUACCCUAGCCUCACUACUACUACAACCCCCUGCAACGCUCGAGGACAUGUGGGCAUGGUGGCUGCCGUGGGUGCUGUGGGCGGCGGGGCUGUGGGCUCCGGCCGUGCCCAUGGAGUGGUCCCCCGAGAGGUCCUGCAACAGGUCACGGAGGAUCCUGACUGGGUCGUGGGGCACCAUCACCGAUGGCCCGGGAGCGUAUCCCGAGGCCUCGCACUGCCAGUGGCUCAUACGAGCCUCUUCACCUGGUCAGUACAUAACACUCAAUGUUACGAGCAUCAAAACGGAGUGCUCCUAUGACCACCUGUACGUGUAUGAUGGAGAGACAUACAAUUCACUUAUGCUGGGGGUGUUUUCAGGCAAAACCAUACCCCCUCAGGUUACUGCUAGUUCAGGAGCCAUGUUGAUUUUAUUGUAUUCAGAUACAAACUAUGCUCUGGAUGGAUUUGAGGCAGAGUACUCUGUUACUGAUUGUCCCCUGAAUUGUUCAUCACAAGGACGCUGUGAAAAUCACGUCUGCAUCUGUGACGACCUGUACACCGGCGAUGGCUGUGAACGUCAACACUGUCCAGAAAAUUGCGGAAUGAUACAUAACCGUGGACACUGUUAUAAACCUUUGCCAAACUCUCGAGAGCCUAAGCCAGCACCAUAUUGUCAAUGCAAUGAAGGAUAUUUUGGAGAUGGUUGCUCUCUGGGUGCAAAUGAUUCAGAGGGUGGCACGUGGCACUGGUUGUGGCGAGGGGGGCCACCCCUAAAUGACAGAACUAGUCAUGCCAGUGUUUACCUACCUCAUUUAGAUCGUUUGUAUGUGUAUGGAGGUUAUAAUCUCAAUCAUAUUUUAGGUGAUCUCCUAAUUUAUGACUUUACCACAAGUGUGUGGGUUAAUGUAAGUGACCCAGCCAGUCAGAAUCGUCUAAGUAGACGUCUUAACUCACAACGCACUGCACGACUAAAAGGAAUGACGGAAAUGCAUGUCAUUAAUAGUUCUCUUCUUAGAAAUUUGACUUUCUCUGUUAACAGCAACAAUACUGUCAGUGUCAAGCUCAAGAGUCAAACUGGAGAUGCUGUAAGAGUUCGACGCAUGAUCAGACCCAGUGAAGAGUUUAACCACACACCAGCCAGCCAUGGAAUAAGAAGAGUAAAUCCAGGCCCCAGAUAUGGCCAUGUUAUGGAGAAAUAUGACCAACAUUUUGCACUCUUUGGUGGGAGAUUAAUUUCAGGAGAGGUAAGCAAUGAACUCUGGCUCUACAAUACAACUUUGGAUGAAUGGCGACUUCUAGGAGGCGGAGAAGAAAGUGCUGGUAACAAGACCCAAGAUGAUCCCCCAGGGUUAAUGUAUGCAACUCUCACUCUUGUAGACAACUCCUGGCUCUACCUGUUUGGUGGCAGUCUUCAACACGGAGAGUUUUCAAACUGCAUGUACAGGAUGAACUUGGAAGGCAAAAAGACAUGGGAGAAGGUGGUAGUGCGUGGUGGCAAUGAAUUGGAGGUUCGUGUUGUUGGUCACUCGGCAGUUUUUCAUGCCCCGUCCAGGUCUCUACUUGUUUAUGGUGGAAUUAGAGUGGAUAUAGCAAGAUUCUCCAAACUCUCUGAUCGUCUUUUGGUUUUUGACAUUGACCAGCAUUACUGGUCACAGAUUCAGUAUCCCAGAUCUCACAAUAACCCACUGCAGCAUAUUCCUUUGGAACGUGCAUUCCACUCUGCUGUUAUUGCUGGUAAUUAUAUGGUUAUAUUUGGAGGAUACAUGCACAAACAUAAGGAAGAAGAGACGUGUUAUGACAACAAACUCUAUCUUUACCACCUGGGCUGUCAUGUGUGGAUGUCCCACCAGCUGACACCAACUGGGCAUGCAGGCAUGUACCCUAAAAUGCAAGGUGUUUAUGGGCACAGUGUAUUCCUGCGUGGAGGCAACACAAUGGUUAUAGUAGGCGGCUUUCAUGGCACAGUAAAUAGUCACGUGUUGGCUUAUGUUUUGCCUUCUACUCUGGUCUCUCCUGAUGGACGCGAUUUUGACACAGAUGAGGCAUGCCGAAGACACAACAGCCAGGCAUCCUGUGUAUCCAACCUAGAGUGUGGUUGGUGUCCAUCUGACUUGAGCUGCUACGAGAGGUCACGUGGAGCAAACUGUACCAAUAACUUACAAACGUCACAGUGUCCUGGUGUUUGUGCUUCAUUGCAUUCAUGUCAGUCAUGUGCUAUACAUGGUAGAUAUACCCGUGGUGGUCCAUGUGCCUGGUGUGUUCAGACGGCCAAAUGCCACGAGCGAGAUGAACCUAGUGGUGGGUUGGGACGGUGUGGAUCUCCUGAUGAUAAUCCGUUGAAUUUGGAGGGAUGGUGGGGCCCCCAUGGUAAUGACCUAAUUACCCCCGAAGAGUGUCAGCAGCUUGACUUGAGACCUGGCAUAACUGUCAUACGUUAUCGUCAUCCAAUUGAUCUGGCCAAGCCUGAUCAUGUUGCUAUAGUAAAUACCACAAUUCAAGAACUACGGGACACUCAGGAAUUUCGUGGGGCACGGGAUCUACAUACAGGAGGAAGCACCAUGGCUCACUUAAUUGGGUUCAUACAUCCCUUAGGAGUAAGGCCAGUGAAAGGAGACAAAAAUCUAAUGGUGUUUGUUCAGGCUUCACACGUAAAUGCCUCACUUUGGGUCUCUCUCAACGACACCAAAGAGAACUUGGAAUUAGUCGCAAGCAUAGAUGCUAAAAAAGUUACUACAAAAGCAGCACAAAGGCCCAAUGAAGGAGCCAUCUUUACGGACUUGUCUCGUGGUCGUCGGUAUCUUACGAAAUUGCAAGUUAGCCAGCCUGUUCAACACUCUCCUCAUAUUGGGGUUGUGAGCAUAGUGUGGAAUGCUCAUGCCCACUCCCACCGUGUAAUAUCUCUGGAAUAUCUAGAACCAUAUAGUGUAGGAGGUGCCGCAUGUGCUGCUCAUGUCACUUGUUUGGCCUGUCUCACAGAUGCCAAGUGUGGUUGGUGCAGCCAAACCUCGUCUUGUGUUGCUAGGCAUGACCAACAGUCUUCUUGUUCUUUAACUACAGCAGAAGGCACUGUAAAUGACUACUUUCUUACACUAGUACCUGAGCAGUGUAUAACAUGUGAACAGUAUAUUUACUGCAAUGAUUGUGUUGGAUCUGGACUUUGUGAAUGGCUGCCAGAUGAAGCCUAUUGUUCUAGAAAAGGAAGAUUUCAAGGGGCUGUGAUAGAGGUAAAUAAAUGCCCUGCACCUUGUCAUAAGCGCAAGUCCUGUGCUACAUGUCUUGGGGACCCAGGACGUUGUGCAUGGUGUCAAGAAUCAAGUGAAUGUUUCCUUUUCUCAGUGUACACAUCUGUUUAUCAAUAUGGCUCAUGUCGUGUAUGGCUAGAUGAAGACCACACCAAUAUGUCUUCUACCCUUCCUGCUACAUUAACUAGCCCUGUUGAGACUGUAGAUCAUGUAGGUACAACUUUGCCGUACCUCUCCACAACCGCCUCAGUUGAAUCCAGCAUUCCUGUGAUAAACAUGGAUGCUACUGAAUGCCAUGUUUGUGAAAAUCUGCUGUCCUGUGACGUUUGCUUAGAAUCACUUAACUGUGGCUGGUGCUAUAAUGUCUUCAAUCCCACCAUUGGCAUUUGUACUGCUGGCGAUUUUUCUCAACCAAAUAAAGGAGAUUGUGCCAGCCUUAUCAACCCCAUGCUUCACGCUGCCCUUGAAAACACAUCAGUUGUAGUGGACCUGCAAGUUUCCGAGAGUAAUUGGGCCUAUGCAUUGUGUCCAGAUGUUGAUGAAUGCAAGCUGUUGCUUCAUGAUUGCCAUCCCAAUGCCACAUGCUCCAACACACACCCAGGUUUCAACUGCACCUGUAACAGAGGCUUUCGUGGAAAUGGGCACGACACUUGCGAAAGAACGUGCUUUGAGAGUUGUAUGCAUGGCUACUGCUCCGGCCAUCCUGAAUAUAAAUGUGUGUGCAACCUUGGUUGGAUGGAGCCAGACUGUGGCACCAACUGUGGCUGUCAUAAUCACUCAACAUGUCAAAAAGGGAUUGGCAUCUGUGACCAGUGCCGAGAUGGGACAGAUGGGGAGUAUUGUCAGUUCUGUCAGCCAGGAUACUUUGGAAAUGCCACAACAGUUGGGUGUCAGGAGUGUAACUGUAAUGAUCAUUGGGAUGCUACACUGGGACAGUGUAAUAAGACCACUGGCCAGUGCUUCUGUAUCCAUAAUACCCAGGGACACAACUGUCAACGAUGCUUGCCAGGGUUUUAUGGUGAUCCACGUAAUGGAGGACGUUGCUUCAGAGAGUGUAAUGCACGGAAUAUUCUGUACGAAGCAACAACGGGUUUCCUGGGAGCACAGACAACUGGAUUAGAGUCACUUGCUACCUGCAUGUGGAUAAUUACCUCCAGUGACUCUUUGGAGCCCCUUUCCACCAUACAAACUGGAACAUACGUUAUUCAGCUAACUAUAGAAGAAAUUAACAUACAGUGUGGAGAAGGAAUUUUAUAUGUAUAUGAUGGACUGCCAAAUUUUGUUUCAAGUAAUAACCGUUGGGACCGGCAAAAUUACAUCGUGGGAGCUUUCUGUGCAAGUCAGUCUUCGUACCCUGUGACUGUACAGGCUGUCUCUGGGUUUAUGACUGUAUUUUACGAAAAAAAUGACCCUGGACAAGGAUUUAAUGCCAGUUAUCAGGUUUUACGUUGCGUGAAAAAUGCAGGACACAACCGGGUAUGUUCUAACGGAAAGCUUGUCUGUGAUGAGAAGUGGCGUGGAGUUCACUGUGACAUUCCUGUCUGUCCUAACAAGUGCUCUGAAACUGAAGGACGAGGCAAAUGUGACUCUGGUUAUGGGCGCUGCAUCUGCACACAUGGCUUCGUUGGAGAAGAUUGUAGCAUUGUCCAGCGUGAUCAUCAGGUGGUAGUGACACAGCUGUUUGCUCCAGAGAAAAUUGCAUCAUCAUAUUCCCACCUCACAACUGUACUGCCACGCAUGGGACAUUCUCUUAUUGUGGAUCAUCGAGGAUCACUCUGGGUAUUUGGUGGGUAUUCAUUGUCAAGAGGUCCACUGAACGACAUUCAGCAGUUUGACACGCACAACAGCAGCAACGUCUGGCAGCAGGUGACUGUUAAUGUGCAGCCUGGACGCCAGCCGCCGCCUAGUAGAUAUUUUCACGCAGCUGCGUACGUUCCAAAUCAGAGAGAGAUGUAUGUUUAUGGGGGGUUGAAUGAAACUAUUUUUUUAAAAGACUUUUGGAAAUUUAAUAUUGAUUCAGAGAGUUGGAAAGAGUUGAAGCCUCACCCUGAUUUGCCACCUCUGGCUGGUCAUUCUCUAACUUACCGCAGUGAUGCAGAAUCACAAUCGUUGGUGUUGAUUGGUGGAGCCUCAUCAGAGUAUGGUUUCUUGGAAUGUGUCUGGGAAUACAACUUGGGUAAUGGCCAGUGGAACAAGGUGAAGACAGGUGGUGCUAUACCUGUUGGCAUAUACGGUCACAGUACAGUCUAUCACGAGGGUGCAAAAACAUUUUAUGUCUAUGGUGGUUAUUCUUUUAAGGUAGAUAAAGUUGACCAUUUUCCAGACCUUUAUGCACUGGACUACACUCGCAAGAAAUGGUCAGUGCUUCCACCAGAUCGUAGAACAAACCUUAAUCCGGCGUCUCUCCCGGCUUCAAGAACCUUUCAUUCGGCAGUCACAACAAAGGACUAUAUGGUUAUAAUUGGAGGUGACAUUAAUGAUCAUCUGGACUCAAACCAGGGCCUCUUGGUUUAUUCAUUUAAGUGCAACAUGUGGAUUCCUCUCAAUGAUAAGUUUAUAACACUUGUUGGUCAUGAUAUAACCCCACUUAUUGGAACUAGUGCAGCAAUAUAUGGCUUGACCAUAUACUUAUUUGGUGGUUAUUUUGGCACUCUUCAAGGAUCAAUGGUUGAAAUAAAAAUACCACCAGAUCUCUGCACUUUAAAUGCCAACCAAACCCAGUGUCGCGAUGUCAUUGGAUGUGCCAACUGUGUGGUGCAUGAAAGUUCAGGUACAAACACAUCCUAUUGUUACUCCAACACUGGAGAGGAGCCCAGCACUUGCCGCAAUCCUCGUUAUGGAAAGAGUAGUGUGGUGGGUGUGCGUUGUGAUGCAAGAAUGCUUGAAGACCAUGACUGCUAUCAACACAAAUCCUGCACGGAAUGCUUAGCUGAAUGGCCUGCUCACCCUCAUUCGGAACAGCGUUGCCAGUGGUGUCUGAAUUGCUCUAAAGGAAAGUGUAUACCCCGUGAUAGUGAUUGUGCACAAGAAAAUGACGGCGAUUCUCAAACGAGGGAUGAUGAUGGAUCUGGUCGUUAUAUCAUCACAGACUCUGAUAAAUGUCAUGGGGGCAACUGUGUUGCUUCUGAUUGCGACAAGUGUGGAAGCCUCAAGUGCAUCUGGACCCAGCAAGUCCUCCGUUCAUCUGAGCUAUGUUAUACCCUUCAUGCUAAGCCAAUUUAUAACUGGAAUUGUGUUAAAAGUAUGAUUCAGCGGCACUCAUCACAUGUGGUAGAAUCUUCCCCGCCUAACCAGUGUCCUGUUCGUUGCCAUUAUCACAAUAAUUGUCAUGAUUGUUUAAGUGCUAAAGGUGGUGAAGGUGGCUGGCAGCAAUGUCACUGGUCACCAUCACUAAAGGAGUGUCUUGGGCCUAGCUAUAUUGCACUACGCUGCUUAGGUGGAACUUGUGGCCUCAUUUUAUCAGGUGACGAAGAUAAAUGUCCACGUCCUUGUGAGGACUUUACUCAAUGUUCUCAUUGUUUGAGCCACUCGCACUGUGGCUGGUGUGCCCUAGAUACAGAGGUGGGAGGGUUAGGGCUGUGCACAGAAGGCUUGCUAGAAAGGCCUAAUGGUGUCCCAUGUGAAAACAUGGACUUCUCUGACAUUGUCUCCAACACCUCAGUCAUCUCCCUUCAUCACCUCCGUCAAAAUGCUCGAUUAUACCCUGCAGCAAGCAGAAAAGUUAUGCCCCCUGUGUCUUGGCAUUAUGAUGCUUGCCCUCCUGAGGAUGAGUGUAAGAAUGGUCAUCACACAUGUAAUGAUAAGAGUCAAACGUGUGUAGAUCGUCCCAAGGAAUAUGAAUGUAUUUGUGCGCCUGGGUAUAACAUGACAGAAAAUGGUCGCUGUGUUCCAGUCUGCUCUCAAGGUUGUGUCUUUGGGACUUGCGUCGAGUCUAAUAACUGCACGUGUGAUUUUGGUUUUGUGGGCACUAACUGCUCAAUUAAAUGUAAUUGCAAUGGUCAUGCAAACUGUGAAGGUCCAGAUAAGUUAGAUAUAUGCUUGAAAUGCUUUAAUAACACAAUGGGUGAUCAGUGUGAAAAAUGUAAACCCCUCUUUGUUGGGGAUCCUCGGAACGGUGGGCAGUGUAUAAGUUGUUUUGAGUAUUGUAACAUGCAUGCUAAUAGUUGCAGCCCCCAAGAACUGGUAAGUAAGUACAAUUUGACUCUCCCUGGCGAUACCAAGACAAACAUAAUAAAUGCUGUAAAAGGGACAGAAGGGGCAAGAACAGAGGCAUAUUGUGUUGGGUGUGCCAACAACACCACAGGGCCAAAGUGUGAUAGCUGCUUGCCGGGCUACUUCCGAGGGGUGGAGGACAUGAGCCACCCCUGCCGUCCAUGUCAGUGCAACGGGCACGGCACAACCUGUAACCCAGUUUGGGGCACAGAAUGCAACUGUGGCAAUAACACAGAUACUCAAUGUGCAGGCAGUGGCAAAACAAGAGGAGUCAGUACUGAAAAGGAAGAAGAUAAAUAUUGUUGGCAGCAACAGUGUGCCAAAUGUAAAGACUCUUAUUUGGGCAACCCAAGUAAUGGCCAUCAGUGUUAUAGGCAGAUGAAUGUAGACAAAGAAUACUGUCUAGAUCCAUAUACCCAGAAUGAUUGCGACACCAAACCUAGUACCCUCAGCCGAGGUCAGACUGUGUUUUUUGCUGUACAGCCAAAGUUCAUGAAUGUUGACAUUAGACUAAUUCUGGAUAUAACAAAAGGUGGUGCAGAUGUGUACUUCAGCACCAGAGAGGAUACAUUUGUUGUCACCGUCAACCAGACCACGGGCCAACAGCAGGUGGAAAUUGACAGGAGCUAUUCCAUAGCAGAUGAAACAGGACCCAUCAUGUUUACUUCAUCUUUGAACAGGAAUUUUGUUGGUACAGGUUUCGAUCUCUAUGAUGUUAGCAGCUAUACCAUAUCUCCGACAAAGGAAUUAGUUGCAAAUACAACACACCAAACUGUAACGGAGUAUCGUCUCAUUGAAAAAGUUGCAGAAGGAUUGAAAACCUUUGCAACAGUAUCAAGGUCUAAUGAAAUAUUAAUAGUGAAAAAUAUUAGUAACAGAUUAGUAAUCACACUUCCACAACAUCAACAUGAUUUGAGAUGUGCAAAAUUUUAUGUAGUUGUGUAUGGUAUUGGAGGUAUAAAGGUGACGGAUACAUUUGGCUCAAUUUUCUUCCGUCAAGAUCAACCAAGAAUUGAUCUGUUUGUUUUCUUUUCUGUGUUCUUUUCCUGCUUUUUCCUAUUUCUUGCUGUGUGCGUAGUGGUUUGGAAAAUCAAACAGGGUGUGGACGAAAGACGAACCAGACGACGCAACGAGCAGGAAAGGGAACAUAUGGCCAGACGACCAUUUGCAAAUACAACAUUAGUGCUACAUGCAGAAGAGGAAUUUAAUCAGGAUGUCCUAGAUAUGCCCCCAGAUCCAACUCCUUGGUCUCCAGGUAGGCGGAAAAGGGCUGCCAAAAAGGAUCAGUUUAGAGACGGCUUUAAUGUAGGACCUCUAGCAGUGGAACCAACAGACGAUGGAGUAGCAGCAGUGCUGACCGUGAUGGUUCAGUUGCCUGGUGGAGGCAUUGGUAAUUCCGUGGACUAUGGAGAUGGACCAACUCAUCGGUUGGCCUUGGGGUCUGCUCUGUGUUUAAUGUCCCGUAUCUACCCUCCUGCCUCCAGACCGUUCCAUCUCCGCCGACGUACUUCUCAUAUGGUAACCUGAACCCUUUAGGACACUAAAUGCUAAAAUGAAAUUUUAUAAUUGCCAGAAUAGUCAUCAUUAGUAAUUUAUAGCAUUUUAUUCUUACCUCCUGGGUAGAGUGGCAUUAAAGGUGGCAUCCUUAAAAUACGAGCUGGACUUCGUGUUGAAGCUGUGCUUUAAUUCAUAACAAAAAUUUAUUGUUACUCAACUUUAGUUUAUUUGCAGCUGUCAACUGCUCAUAAAUGCAUAUCACAAAUUUUCACUGAGAUUUCUGCUUCAGUAAUUUAUUUUGCAUCAAAAAUCCGUACACAAUGAAACUCUGAGGCUUGAAAACUUUAUGAUAAAUCACUACAGAAAUUAAUUUACAUACAGCCCAUAUUCUCAUACUUUUAUGGUUAGCUCUAAGUUCUAUUUUGUGGCCAUGGUGAUUUUAGAUUGUUGUAAUUUGCUGUGAUAUUAUUGUCUAAUCUCAUAGACUUAGUAGUUGAUUAAGGAAUGUUGUAGGUAAGAAAUGCAAUUUACACUUUUUUUCUUCGUAUUUAUCAUAUUAAGGUAAACAUUUACUGUUUCCAUUCAUGAAUCAUGAUGCAGGCGUGGUAAUUCAAAUAGUUGGUUUGAAUUUCACUCUAAAAAUUAAUAUACCAGGAAAUAAAAAUAAGUAAGAAUUGUGACAUUAGUGGACAUUUUUCCUGAAAUGACCAUUUUUGGUUGCCAUGACUGUUAGAAUGUAAAUAUGGUUCUUAGUAGUUGUAAGCAAAGUUAUAUAUCAGCUUGCACAUCAUUGAGCUUGAUUUCCCAAUUUAUACAGCUAUGACAAUACUGUACUGUACUAGUAGAAAUUACUCGAGACGAGGGAUUCGACAAGCGACUAAUGAGGGUACUCUCUGUAUCUUUAUAUUUACAGUAGCUGAGCUUAAUUAAUAACAUUAAAGCAGUAGGAGAUGGUACACAUGAGCAAUUAGAUAUGGUACAUUUCUCUCUCUCUCCAGUCAAAGAGUAGAGGAAAAAACAUGAGUUCAUUCACAAAUUGUUCUGAGAUUACUCUGUUUGGUAAACUUUCUGAUCAAAUCUUGUUUAUGGUAUAACCACCACACUUGGCUUUUUGUUUUUAUCUUUAUCUAUAAAUUAGAAUGUCAGUUUGUCUAAGGUUGAAAAUUAACAUAAAUUUUCUAAGUAUCAUACUUUGCCCAUAGCAGCAUAAAACUGACACUCCUCCCACAGCUCAUAUGCCAGUGGGGAACGAUCUACUUCUUUGUAUAUUUCCUUAAUAAUAAAGACAUAUUUACAUAUGUUCCUACACAUGGAGCCGGAAGCCAGGGAGAAGGGGACCGGACGCACGACAGAAGGGAAAGGAAGGUCGUACUCCUACCCCAAAGUCCGGGUCCCGAAACCAAAACAAGGCAGUACCGGAGCAACCGGGGAAGCGAUCAACUCGACGCGUUGCAGUAACCUAAAUGCCUCUGCUGCUUACAUCCACAUAUGUUCUGGAGCACAAGGAGCAAAUGUCACAUGACUCCGGGUCAAAAGGAUCACCGACCCGACAGGCAGCAUGGCAGAGGCACAACCGGUGAAUGUCACCCCGAGACAAGUAGCCGAGCAACAUCGAACUCGCACAAAGCGAGAGGGGACUUGAGGGUCGCAUCCAUCGAAUCACGGAACCCCUGUGGGGUUUCCCAGGGCCCUUAGCCUUGGUAUCACGCUUAGGGAAACCCAGGCAGGGUACUGCAAACAGGCUCCCAAAACUACCAAGAAAACUUCUAAAGCUGAACCCCCAGAAAUGUGUCCACUCAUGGGGGCCAAGCAGGGGGUGUCACCCAGAACACAGAGAAUUGAGAUAGAAAACCCCAAGUACAGAUAGGGGCAACCAACCAAAGGCAGACCCCCACCAGGCAGGGAACACCCUGCAAAGAAAAGAUAAGUCCUGGAGGAGGACAACGUAUUCAGGCAGAACAGAGCUGCCUGCUACUAUAGGUGAAAACUAGCUGUGCAAUACCCCUGUGCCCCCACCAGUGACAGAAAAAUACCUCCUACCCAGAGGCAAACAAGGGCAAUAAAAUCCCCAGCUGACUCCAAGGGCGGCCAAAUACCGAGCAGUAAAAGACACAGCGGAAGUAGAACCUAAGGUGACUUGUGGAAGGUGGCCCCAAGCCCCAAGGGAAGUACUUACAGGGCACCUGGGGAAGGAAACCCUAGGCGCAUGCAGCCUGAGUACCGCAGAAUAUUUCUUCUGGCUCACUUGUUGAGGGCUCAAGCCACAAAGCACAGAAACUGAAAACAAUAACUGGAGCUAGAGGCACCCGACCUGCCAGUAUCACAUCAGCCAAGAACUGCUGGUUGGAUCGUUGGGGCUAGAGUCUGGGGCUUCCCCUUCCCCCUCCUGGGGAGAGGGGGGGGGGUUGCGCAGAUGGCAGUGCGGGGACAUGAUGACAUCAUGCUAGUUUGCUAGUUUUCACUUGGGGAGUUCUGUCCACUCGUUCGGC